AUGGCGACUUUUCAAUAUCUUAAACUAAAACGAAAGGAGAUUCGAUUGGUCGAGUUACAGCCUGGCUUACCCGAUCAUCCGCUCGCUGGUGUCAUUCUGCACCGACUCUUCUCACCAGCCAAAGAUGUAGUACCGUCUUUCGAAGCACUAUCGUACGUCUGGGGCGACCAACUGAAUCCAGUUUCAAUAAGUCUCCUGAUGGAGAGAGACGAUAAGGCACUCCAAGGUUCUGAAACGGGCGAUUUACACAUUGGGCAGAACCUAGCUUCUGCUCUCAGAUCCCUUCGAGACCCCCACGAGCCGCGUAUAGUCUGGUGUGACUCGAUAUGCAUCAACCAACACGACCUCGAGGAGCGUGCUACCCAAGUCCAACGUAUGCAUGAGAUCUAUCACGACGCCAGAAGCGUGAUUGUAUGGAUGGGCCCUGAGACACAGUGGAGUGCUCUACUCAUGGACACACUGAAAUGGGUUGGGACUCACGUGGAGAAGGGAUCUUAUGACAUGAUUGUCCGAAAGCAUCGGUUUACAUUCACCGAUAUACCAGACCAGUGUUUCCGUGGUAACUACAAUGACAUGCCGCUCAGUACUGAUCAAUGGCAAGCCGUGGAGCAAUUCUUGUCUUUGGACUGGAUCAAGCGUUUAUGGACAUGUCAAGAGAUUAUUUUGGCGAAUCAAAAGACAAGCAUCGUCAGGAUAGGAAGCGAAGAGAUGCCAUGGGCAAAGUUCAAAGACGUCAUCACGUUCAUUUGUUACUACGGAACUACACCGUCUGACUCACUAUUAGAUCCCCAAACCUAUAUCUCUAACGCUGAUAUGUUCCAAGUUAAGAUUUCAAUGUGCGGUUUUCGACUUUGGGAUGAGUGGAUAAUCCCAUUAAACAUAAUGAACGGAUUUGAAUGCACAGACGAUCGAGACAGAGUUUUUGCUGUUUAUGGGUUAGUAAACCCUGAGGUCUCGAAAGAGAUCGAAGCAGAUUACACCAAGACAACCAAAGAACUGUUCACAUCAGUUUGCCUCAGUCAUAUCAAACAGCAGAAUAAUCUAUCAUUCCUUACUCUAUGCAACGCGAGUAGUUCCCCAACCUGGGUGGCAGACUUGGACAGGAAAAUAGGCGUUAUGUCUAUUGAUAAUCACGCCGGUGGAGGCUCACUCCUUACAGCCACUCUUAGUGAGCCUGGGGUAUUGGAAGUAGCUGGAGUUGCAUGCGAUGGGGUAUGCUACGACCCCAUUCCUUUGCCCAGAAUCGGUCUUACCGAGCCAGACGCCGAGUUUAUUCAAAGAGUUGUCCAUGUGUUCAACACAAUGGCCAACAACGACCUGUUUCAUGACAGCGAGUCUCUCGACAACUUUAUCAAGAUGUUAACGUUUGGCGGCGUUCAAGACCAAUUUACUCAGGAGGCCCAGGGGGUUCCUUUUAUGAAAGACUGGCGUGGGACUUUACGCCGAUGGGUUAUUGGCGCUUCAGAAGAUGAAGUUCUCACAAAUCACUUAGCCGCAUCCGAUAAAUCACAUAUAGCUUCGGUGGCGGGAGAAAGCACUUCGACGGGCUGUUCAAAAACUACACGGGGGAGUUUCAUUCGUGUUCCAAGGGAGAGCCGCAACGGCGACAUGGUGGCCGUCAUACUGGGCUCAUCCAACCCAAUGAUUCUUCGGCCCCAGGAGAGACCUGGCUAUUACAGCGUUAUUGGGCCCUGCUAUCACCCCGAGUUUGCCCACCGCGAAGCACUCCUCGGAAAUGACUUCCAUGGGUGGACGUGGCGAUACGAUCGCACCAAGCCUUUUAUGGCUUUCAGCAAAGAGGGAGAACCCAUGCGCAGGACUGAUCCGCGGUUGGACAAUGUCCCUUUGGACUUUAGCGAAGGCUUGGUCGAACAGUUGAUCACUGAGGACGAAAUACCGUGUUGGGGAGUUCCAGGUCGGGGGAAGUUUUCGUUAUAUGACCCACGAAUGUCUGAAGAGCAGCUGAAAAGGAGGGGAGUGCCUAUCCAGAGAUUCAAGCUUGUGUAG